GCCAAAAGCCCCCCAAAUAGAAGGCACGGUCGGUACCUGAGGACCAUAGUUGGCUCGCUAUGAACUGUUAGCCAGGGCCUCGCCAUGGAUUUGUACAAAACGACGCUGCUUCUGGGAGCGCUGCUCUGCACCGCUGCAGUCUUCGGGGACAUCCAGGACAACUACUCCAAGACGGAGGGGGCGUGGAUCAUCUCGCUGCGUAGACGAGAGUACGCCGUUAACUCGCUGGAAGAGUGCGGCGCCAAAUGUGACACAGAGACGAACUUUGUAUGCAAGUCCUUCAUGUACAUAGAGAAGGACACAGAGUGUUGGACAGCGGAGGAUAACUCCAAAACAGAGCGGGUUAUGCGCAGAGCCAGCGCAGCUCUGUACGAGAAUAAAGCAUACUUGCUGGAGUGUGCAAACGGAUUAGGAACCGACUACAGAGGAACCAAGGCCAGGACGAAGACGGGAAGGACCUGUCAGAGAUGGUCGGGAACUGUCCCACACGUUCCUAACUUCACCCCCGUGUCCCACCCCCUGGCAGACCUGGUGUCCGACUUCUGCAGAAACCCAGAUAGUGACGUGAACGGCCCCUGGUGCUACACCACGGACGCCAACAAGCGCUGGGAGACCUGCGGAGUGCCGGACUGCAGUGAGGAGUGUAUCUACUGCAGCGGGGAGGACUACAGGGGCAAGAUCUCCACCACGGCCAGCGGCUUCAAAUGCCAGAACUGGGACUCCCAGAAGCCCCACACCCACGGCUACAACCCCGCCACUCUCACAGAGAAGAAUCUGGAGGUGAACUAUUGCAGGAACCCUGACGGGGAGCCCAAACCCUGGUGCUUAACAACCAGCCUUUCCAAACGUUGGGAAUACUGCGACAUACCCCAAUGCACGUCCCCGCAGCCCACCGUGACCCCUGAGCUGACCUGUGCUUCGGACGAGGGCAGGGCCUACCGGGGAACCAUCGCCACCACGGUCUCCGGCAAGACCUGCCAGCCCUGGUCGUCCCAGAUACCCCACAAUCACAACCGAGCCCCGCAAAAUUACCCCUGCGGAGGCCUUGAAAACAACUACUGCCGUAACCCUGACAACGAGAAGAUGCCCUGGUGCUACACCACAGAUCCGGAUGUGCGCUGGGACUACUGCCAAAUCCCCACAUGUGGAGGCAGUUCUAGACCAGACCAGCCCGUGAUCCCAACGGAGGAGGAUAACUGCUACGUGGGGGAUGGAACCGCCUACCGUGGCACUACGUCAGAGACCAUCAGUGGGAAGAAAUGCCAAGCGUGGGCCGCCAUGACGCCCCACUCGCACUCCAAGACCCAAGAGACCUUCCCAAGGGCGGAUCUGCAGAGGAACUACUGCAGGAACCCGGACGGCGAUCGCGCUCCCUGGUGCUACACCACCAACCCCUCGGUCCGCUGGGAGUUCUGUGACCUGGAGAAGUGUCCCUCUGUCGUCGCCCCCCCCCAAUUGCCGGACCCCAUCCCCUCUGUUACCCCCACCGACACAGAGUCCAUUCCAGAGCGAGAUUGUAAGGUGGGAAGCGGCGGCACAUACCGCGGCUCAACCUCCAUGACCAGCACUGGGGUCACCUGCCAGGCUUGGUCCUCCCAGGUCCCCCACAAACACAACCGCUUCAUUCCCCAGAUGCAACCUGAGUUGGGCCUGGAACGCAAUUACUGCCGUAACCCGGACGACGACGUCAACGGGCCUUGGUGCUACACCACAGACCGCAGCAAGAAGUGGGACUACUGCCAGAUCCCAGAGUGCGCGGUGAAUUGUGGAGUGCCCCCGAUCAGACCCAGGCGCUGCUUUGGUCGUAUAGUGGGGGGGUGCCCCUCCAAUCCUCACUCCUGGCCCUGGCAGAUCAGCCUACGGACCCGAGGCGGAAUCCAUUUCUGCGGAGGAACUCUGAUCCACCCCCAGUGGGUGCUCACCGCGGCCCACUGUCUGGAAAGUUCCAAAUUGCCAGCCUUCUACAAAGUGGUGCUGGGUAUCCACAGAGAAUCUGCGAUUGCGAUGUCCAAGCAGGAGAAACAACUGGUCAAGCUGAUCCUGGAGCCCAGCGGAGCGGACAUAGCGCUACUCAAACUGUCAACCCCUGCAAGAAUAAAUGACAAGGUCCUGCCAGUGUGUCUGCCAGAAAGGGACUAUGUGGUUCCCAGCAGAUCCCAAUGCUAUGUUACUGGCUGGGGAGAAACUCAAGGGACGGGCGGAGAAGGCCUUCUGAAGGAGACGGGAUUCCCGGUGAUUGAGAACAAGAUCUGCAACAGGCCGUCCUACCUGAACGGUCGGGUGAAGGACCACGAGAUGUGUGCCGGGAACAUCGAGGGAGGAACUGACAGCUGCCAGGGUGACAGCGGCGGUCCCCUGGUGUGCCAAGCCCGGAACAAGUUUGUGAUCCAGGGCGUGACGUCCUGGGGUCUGGGCUGUGCCAACGCCAUGAGGCCCGGAGUGUACGCCCGCGUCUCGCACUUUGUUGAUUGGAUCAAGGAAACCAUUGCAACCAAUUAGGGAGCUCUGCUGGCAACCGCCGACCCAAAAGCUACCCACGCACGCAAACACAUUUUUAUAUAUCCCGAGUCAAUAAAUAAUGUGUUAGAAACGUAAAA